UUGUGGCAUAAAUCAAACAUUCCUCUCUGCAUGUGAAACAUGGAUGGAAUUAAACCAAGUCUGUCUUUGCUGGGGAAGUGUCAGAUGCAGGCUGCUCCCUGUGCUGGAGAUUUCCCAGUUCUGACUGUGGUCCUCAAAGGAAGGAAAUAUCAUCACAACAUCUGUUUCCAGAAAUCUCAAAAUCAGCCAAAGAAAAACCACACCCUUGGAUGAGAUCAAAUGCUCAAGGUGAAAUCAGCAGAAGGAAUUUGUGAGCAUCUGAGAGGCACCAAGAAGCAGAAUCCUCCCACUGUGGUAUCAGAGGUCUGCAUUGUGAAUUGAAAAGUUUGACAGCCUAAAAACAGAUCCUCCAACAUCUGCAGUUGUAGUUGAAGGAGAAAUCAUCUCUUAUUGGAGACUGGAGGGAGCAGGGACCACCAUGCUGAGCACAGACUUGAAAGCUCAAAGAAGUCUGGUACAGACACGGGGAGAAACACUGGACAUGGAACAGCCCAGAACACUGAGCACCAGCCCAAUGUUGAGCCUCAAGCCCAAGGAGCCUUCACUGGGAGAUGACAGAACUGCAACACUUGUGAUUGCCCUGACCCCGAGCGCUGAGGAUGAUGUCAGCAGCCUGGACAAUUCCAGAAGCAAUUCCUAUCCCCCUCAGCAUCUCUUGGGGCACACAGGCAUACCGAGUGUUGAUGACGUGAGGACCCAGCUCAAGAAGAAGCUGCGCGAGAGGAAACUGCACACGUCCAAAAGCAUCCAGACUGCAAAAAGCCUUCUCCCAUACCAGCGCCAGCCUCCCCGGCUGAAGGACGUGUUGGAAAAGACACCCUCAAGCUGGGAUCAACAGGAGAUGCAGUCACGUUCAAACCGAUACGGACUAAACCCCUCGGAUGUAGGCGGUGGAUUACACCGUGCUUACGGUGCCUCUGUCACUGCACAACGCAGAGAUGAGGAGGAAGAUCCAGCUCCCAGGAGGAACUACAUCAGGAGACACAAACGGCACAAGAGGGACGACAGCCGGAAUUGGGUUGGACAUAAGCAGCUUUUGUACCAGGUUUGGAGGUCGGGAGUCAAAGUGGAGCCAAAGCCCAGAGCUGACCAGGGUCUAAAGAGGAACCUGGAUUUUCCCUCUGACCCGUUGGUUCAGAGCCGCCCUGCUGCCAGCAGCUGGGGAGAGGCCUUGGCUGAAGAGGAGCAAUCCUCUCUAGGCAGGCACACCCUGAUCUCCCCUGACAGCACAGAGGAGAAAGGCUCCAUGCCCCUCAAUAAACCUUGGAGAACUCUUGGAAACCGCGCUUGA